GAAUAUGGUGAUAAUGCUAGGCCUAUCUGGUAUACCCUAACUCUCCUAGAUGUUCUUUCACCUCACACCUUCACCUUUCAUGUUCAGAAUAAAAUGUAGGCUACACAUUCUUAUUAGUUUCCAAUGAAUGUAUACAGAGUGCAAAACUGUAAACAUCAUGGCAAAUUCUAUGGAGUUUUCGUUCCAAGGCAGAAGAAGUGAAACUCCAAUAAGAAUGAAAUUCAGAAACCUAUUUGCCUCUCGUGGUGAGAAAUUGCAAUUUUUUCCGCCUCUGGAAAGCUCGAGCAGUAAGCAUAAAAUGCGGAGAGGGGCACGAGAGAAGAAAUGUGAAGAAAGGAGAUGAGCGUAGGCUACGAGCGAUGGGGAGAAAGCCAGAGAAGUGAAAGGUGGGUUUCGUGGAGGGGGUAGAAGAUGAACAGAACAUGCGGCAAAAAAUGAAGGCAUGAGCUAUAUUGAGGGUGAAUUCAUGAAUUACACAUGUGUAUGUAUAGUCUAGCCUAUAUGUGUCUAUAGGGUGCCUCCCACCUUCCAUCAUAUGACGCCUCGAGGUCUAUCCUGGUCUAGGCUAUCCUCACGUCGCCGCCCACUCUCAGCAGGCACAUCGUCCACAUCAGGAGCACGAACGGAGAAGUAUUGGCCAUUAUAACGAGCCAAUUGCGAAAUGGCAACUUAAGACGACUGAUGAGGUAGUCUAUUUUAUUUUAGUUGAAUUGCGGUCCUGAAGAUGUGUGAGUAGCCUAGUAUGGGGGAAAGACGCAGCGGGAUUUGGUCACGUCAACAGGGGAAUAAACCCUCAGCGCAUAUUUAUCACAUUGUAAUGCGGGUGACUUGGGGCACGUCCUACUGAAACAUUUCUUCAGACUAGUUCGUGAGUGCUCUCGUGCGUCUGGUGUUUUGCAUGCGACGCUUUCGAAAUAAGGUCUCAGUCACUAGGCUAGAGAGGUAACGGUAGGUUAUGCUGGUCAGUGCUGUAGCCUAGUCGUGAUAUUCAGCACGAAUGGUGACAGUCCCUCACUCCAGGAGGCCCUGAUGAUGCUCCGCUGAUCCGCAGCAGGAGUGAUGAACUCUCAAGGAUUGCCGUUUUCAAAAUGAAAGACAAUUACAGAUGAAAGGUCCUUGGUUAAUCUGGCGGUUGAAAACUCUGAUAUUCAGUAUUCUCAUUGAAUUCAUGAGCUGUCUUCCAUGCGCUACCCUGUUUAAAGGGCAGGCUUAACCGUGAGCAGAGCCGCUCAGCUUCUGACAGAGAGGUAUUUCACUCGUCGCUCUUGUGGAAAGAGACACUAAGGGCCCAUCCACCAAGACAGGAUCAGAAAAUCUGACAAGUCCAAAUUACUUAGUGGGCAGAAAGAGCUGGCGAAGGCCCCCUUAUUCAGUCUGAGCCUCUUUGGGUUUGUUGCGGAGCCUCUUUAGGUUUGGGCCAGAGCCAGCUUUACGGUUGGGCCUGUUGUGAACUCACUCUUUCUGUGUGUUCACACUGCAUCCCAUCACCCUCCCACUCUUUAAGCUUGCCCCCCACCACCACCAGCCACCAUUCGGCCCUCUCUAGCCACAGCCGUCCUCCCGUCGCGGCCCCGGGCACAGCCCGGCGGCAGCAGCGGCGGCGACGGUGGCAGCAGGAGCACCACCAUGGCUCCUCAGGGGCGUGAGCACUUGGCGCCCCCGGCCCGGGACCACCCGACCGCAGGCCAGCGCCGGCGCAGCCCCCACCUGCGCCACACUCUCAGCCCAGAGAACCUGCGCAGCCUGUCGGAGCGCAGCAGCAGCGACGCGGGGCCGCCGGGAUCCAGCGUCGCCGGCCUGGUGGGGCUGCCGCGUGCCAACAGCGACACCGACCUGGUGAGCUCACAGGGCCGCUCCUCGCUCACCACCAGCACGGUGGACUUCACCCUGGGCAGGGGACAGAACCUGGUCAUCUCCUGGGACAUCAAGGAAGAGGUGGACGCCACUGACUGGAUCGGUCUCUACCAUAUAGAUGAAACUUGUCCAUCAAACGUGUGGGACUGCAAGAACCGUGGUGUGAACGGAACGCAGCAAGGACAAAUUGUGUGGAAACUGGAGGCAGGACCCUACUUCAUGGAGCCGGAGACCAGGAUCUGCUUUAAGUACUACCACGGAGUCAGCGGAGCCCUGCGAGCCACCACACCCUGCAUCACCGUCCGAAACCCUGGAGUGCAGGCUGAAACUCAAGGUGAGGGACAAGACACUACUCGAAGACUGGUCAGCUUUACUCUGUCAGACAUUUGCGCGGUGGGUCUUAAGAAGGGCAUGUUCUUUAACCCUGACCCGUACCUGAAGAUGUCCAUCCGGCCAGGCAAGAGGAGCUGCUUCCCCAGCCUCUCCCACCAUGGCCAGGAGAGACGGAGCUCCAUCAUCUCCAACACCACCAACCCAGUGUGGCGUGGAGAGAAACACACUUUUGUAGCGCUGUUGACAGAUGUCCUGGUGAUCGAAGUCAAGGACAAGUUUGCGAAGAGCCGGCCGAUCAUCAAGCGCUUCCUGGGUCAGCUGCACAUCCCCGUGCAGAUCCUGCUGGAGAGACAGUCUGGCUCGCAGCCCCUGAGUUUUUCUCUGUGCCGUCGCUUGCCCACGGAUCAUGUGAGCGGCCAGAUGCAGCUCAGAGUGGAGGUGACGUCUGCCGGGCACGAGGUUGCAGAGUCCCUCCUUGUGGCUUCGGCCAUGAAUGGAGCCCCCGGCACUCCCUCGGACGAUGAGGACCUCCCGCACCACCUCCCCCUGACCUCGGGGAUGCACUCGCCCACCGGCUCCCUGGGUUCACCGCGGACCAGCGACGGGGGCCUCGUCACUCCUCCCGAGCGGGACUACCUUCCCAGCGUCACCCAUCUGGAGGACGACUCGCCCUCGUCGCCCGACCUGCUCCAGGGCUCCUUCAGCGAGCAGCUGGAUGCCAUCGAGGCCCCCAAGGGCCCCGGCGAGAGGCCGCUGGGUGCCGCCUCAUCGCCCAGGCUCUGCUCCAGCUUCCCCACGCACACACGCCUCAGCGCCAUGCUCCACAUCGACUCGGACGAAGACGAGGAGCGUUCCACGGCCAAUGACACCACGCCGCCCACCGUCCACCGCGGGAGCCCCAGGCUGCUGCCGCCCGUGCCCUCAGCGCCCCCAGAGGAGACCGAGGAGGAGGAGGAGGAGGAGGUGGACUCCUGCAGGGAGGCGGACGAGAUGGUGGGAGUGGUGAUGCCGCCGCUGAAAGGGGGGCCCCCUGCACUGGGAGACGAGGGGCCCAGCUCCCUGGCCCCCGAGGUGGGCACGCCCAGGCAGGAGGAGCCGGAGGAGGACGGACAGGCACCCAGCGAGGACCAGAGCACCGAGGUGGACGUCUCGUCCAUGGCCACAGACAGCUGUCCCGCCGGCGCGUCUGGGAACGAGGAUAUGCAAGAGAGUGAGGAGGGAGCUGAGACCGCAAUCGACCCUGGGGGAGGGGAGUCGGAACAGGCCCCACCGACAUUGGACAGCGCCAGCGAUCCAGCAGAAGAGCCUCCACCCACGGAGAUUGCUAGGUCGCCGCCGCCGCCACCUCCACCGACGGUGGAGCCUCCAGCCAAUGAGGCGGAGGAGGAGGAGGAAGAGGAGCCCAUGUCCACCAUGUCGAGGAGGUGGAGCCUAGAGGCCACUGCGGGCGUGUCGCAGGGAGAGGAGGAAGAGGAAGACCUCAUGCCCUCGGCCGAGGGCGGCUCCGUGGACUCAGAGACGUUUGUCACCGACACAGAAACGGAAGGAUCUCCCAGAGCGCAGGUGAAUGGCCACCAGCAUGUUGGCUCCCUCCCCUCGGUCAGACAGGACAUCCAUCGCUACCAGAGGGUGGACGAGCCUCUGCCUCCUAGUGAGUACUGGGAGGCUCGCAUUGACAGUCAUGGCCGUAUUUUCUUUGUGGACCAUGUGAACCGCACCACCACCUGGCAGCGACCCACCGGCCCGCCUGCCCCUCAGGGCCUGACCCGCUCCAGUUCCAUCCAGCAGAUGGAGCAGCUCAACCGCAGGUACCAGAGUAUCCGCAGGACUAUGACCAAUGAGAGGUCAGAGGAGCAGCCUGUUGAACCUCCUGAGGAUGCAGACCUGAUUCCCCACAAUAUCUCUGAGUACCGGAGGGACAGUCACUCCAGCUCCCGCUCGCGCCUGGCUCUGUUGCUCCAAUCCCCGGGUGCCAAGUUCCUCUCCAGUCCUGACUUCUUCACUGUGCUGCAUUCCAACCCUAGUGCCUACCGCAUGUUUACGAGCAACACCUGCCUAAAGCACAUGAUCAGCAAGGUGCGGCGAGACGCGCACCACUUCGAGCGCUACCAGCACAACCGCGACCUGGUCACCUUCCUCAACCUGUUUGCCAACAAGCAGCUGGAGUUGCCCAGGGGCUGGGAGAUGAAACACGACCACACCGGCAAGCCCUUCUUUGUAGAUCAUAACUGUCGCACCACCACCUUCAUCGACCCACGGCUGCCCCUGCAGAGCUCCCGCUCCAGCGGCCUCCUGGCCCACCGGCAGCACCUGAGCCGCCAGCGCAGCCACAGUGCUGGGGAGGUGGCUGACGACUCUCGAUCCCCGAGCCCCCCCAUGCCCAGGCCCUCCAGCACCUUCAGUGGAUCCAGUCGCAACCAGUACCACGACCUCGUUCCCGUGGCCUACAAUGAGAAGAUUGUUGCUUUUCUUCGCCAACCCAACAUCUUUGAGAUCUUGCAGGAGAGACAGCCGGAGCUUGUGCGAAAUCACUCUCUCAAAGAGAAGGUGCAGUUUAUUCGCAGUGAGGGUUCCUCUGGGUUAGCUCGCCUAUCCAGUGAUGCUGACCUGGUAAUGCUGUUGAGUCUGUUUGAAGAGGAAGUGAUGUCGUAUGUGCCACCACAUGCCUUAUUGCAGGCAGGCUACUGUCAUGCCUCUCCCCAAAGUUCUCCUGGUACGCCACGAGCGAAUGCACGGGCUCCUGCUCCCUACAAACGUGACUUUGAAGCCAAGCUGAGAAACUUCUACCGCAAGCUGGAGACGAAAGGCUACGGCCAGGGCCCUGGGAAAGUGAAACUCAUCAUUCGUAGAGAUCACCUUCUGGAGGACGCCUUCAACCAGAUCAUGUGUUACUCCCGCAAAGACCUGCAGAGGAGCAAAUUAUAUGUUAGCUUUGUAGGGGAAGAAGGAUUGGACUACAGUGGCCCAUCGAGGGAGUUCUUCUUUUUGGUCUCUCGAGAGCUCUUCAACCCUUACUAUGGACUCUUUGAGUACUCGGCUAAUGACACUUACACUGUGCAAAUCAGCCCGAUGUCUGCCUUUGUGGACAACCACCAUGACUGGUUCCGCUUUAGUGGCCGCAUCCUGGGCUUGGCUCUCAUCCAUCAGUACCUUUUGGACGCUUUCUUCACCCGACCUUUCUACAAGGGAUUGCUGCGCAUCCCCUGUGAUCUCAGUGAUCUGGAAUUCCUAGACGAGGAGUUCCACCAGAGCCUGCAGUGGAUGAAGGACAACGACAUUGAGGACACACUGGACCUCACUUUCACAGUCAAUGAGGAAGUGUUUGGACAGAUUACAGAGCGUGAGCUGAAGCCUGGUGGGUCCAGCAUCACUGUGUCUGAGAAGAACAAGAAGGAAUAUAUUGAGCGCAUGGUGAAGUGGCGCAUCGAGAGAGGCGUGGCUCAGCAGACCGAGAGCCUAGUGCGAGGCUUUUACGAGGUGGUGGACGUGCGACUGGUAUCUGUGUUUGAUGCGCGGGAGCUGGAGCUGGUUAUAGCUGGUACUGCAGAGAUUGACCUUGCAGACUGGAGGAGCAACACUGAGUACAGAGGAGGUUACCAUGACAACCACAUUGUGAUCCGCUGGUUCUGGGCUGCAGUGGAGAGGUUCAAUAAUGAGCAGAGACUGCGACUGCUGCAGUUUGUUACAGGCACAUCGAGUAUUCCCUAUGAAGGGUUUGCCUCUCUGAGGGGGAGUAACGGUCCUCGCCGUUUCUGUGUGGAGAAGUGGGGCAAAGUCACGUCUCUCCCAAGGGCUCACACCUGCUUUAACCGCCUGGAUCUCCCACCAUACCCCUGCUUCUCCAUGCUUUACGAGAAGAUGCUCACAGCCGUGGAGGAGACCAGCACCUUUGGCCUGGAGUAACACCACAACCCAUUGCCUCCCUCCACAACAAGCUUUUUUCUCUACUCUUCUUGAGGCACUAUGCGAUACCUCCAAGCCCCCAGCUCUUAUCUUUACCCCUAGUGCCCUAGUCCUCUCCCUGCCUUUAGCCUAUGGCCUUGGUUACUUCACUGUUGCAAAAGGGAAAAAAACUCUCUCUCUUUAUCAGAUUCAUGCCCUGAAAAACAAACCCACCACACACUGGAAUGAUCUCAUCUGUGGACUUCACUAAUGUCACAUCUGGACUCUUUAUUGUGUAGCAAAUGUAUGCUUGAUGCGCACACACACACACACACACACACACACACACACACACACACACACACACACACACACACACACACAUGCACCUAUGCACACUUGCACAAGGAAUCCUUACAAGAAUGUAGAAAACAUGAUUAAUGUAUGAACUUCUUAUGCUUAAUUGUGGGAUGAAGGUUGUAGUGGUAAAUUUGGUUGUUUGGAAUGGGCUCAAGUUUAAACACUUGAAACCGUUCGCUCGACAGAGACAGGGUGAGAGUAGGAAUUGUACCAAAAAGAGAGCUAUCAUACAGCAUCAUGUAAUUCAUUAGAAAAAAACAAGGGGAAAACAGAGAGGGGUGCAUCUGUAAUGGAUAACAGUUUUAACUGGCUUAAGAUAUAAUGUUUCACACUUCAGUUCAUAUCUGAAUAUGAACAGGCUAACUUAUAAAGCUAUCUUUGAAUCUGCUACUGUGGGAAUAAGAUGAAAACCUACCACAAUACAUAGUUGUAUCCCCACCUAUUGAGGAUCAUGACCAUGUGACUCAGCCUAGUCGGCACUGGAGGGCCCUAAGAGAUUAACCUGCUGUAACCACAAUGCAGGAAGCUAUGAAACAUUCAAUGGCCUGGACUGAGGAGCGAUAAACCUGCUGCCCCCGUGAAAGUCAGACAUAGUCUCCUCAGUCACAUUGGCCUCUGGUGCAGGUGCACUGAAGCAUGUUAGUAAGCAGUGGGUGCAUAUGAUGUGCCAUUACCACUGCAUAUCUACUGUAGUAAUGGAAUGACCGAGUGCAAGAGUGCAUCUUUGUUGCAUGUUCCUCUCCCUGUAAAUCUGUGGGCCUCGGGCACAUUGACAGCAUGCAGGCCUACAUGCAUUUGGUUGUAUUGUGUUUGGUUUGUCACCCCCAGUAGUUGUGGCCCUAGUUUUAAAAAAAAUAGUGCCAAAGCAGCUCUUCAGUAUAACUGAGUCCAUUUAGGUGCAACAGUAUGUUAUUGUUUGUUUGUAUGUCACACUGCUCAAUACUCACACACAUACUCUAUCUCUUUCACACUCACAAACACACACACACACGAACAUUCAAUAUAACAUAUUCUUAAGAGAUACUAACAACUAAGUUUGGCUACAAUAACAAAUUCAGCUAGAUCUGAACUCUUCUUGCAUACAGAUCAAAUCUGUAACAAAGUAAAGAAAAAGAGGAAAAAGCCCCACUUCUCUGUGUAUCCAAACCUGGCUCAAUAAUACUGCAUGCAGGGUCCGCACAGUAACUCUGUGCCAAGUUUGACCCUUAGAUGGUGUCGUGUUAUAGCUUGAUAUUGCAUGCUGGAAUAGUGUCACAACACCAGACCAGAUUAGCUUUUUGCAUGAGGAUUUCGCUGUAAGGGUGGCUGUAAUGGGGAUGAAAAUGUGUCAGUUUCACUUUCACAUGUCCACAUGUUUUUUUGUUUUUUUUCUUUCAUCUACUGGUUGAUUUGUGUAGGUUGGAGUUCACAGGUCAUGGCUCAUCUCGAAAGCGUGUUAGGGCAAGCACUUGAAAAGCAAGGGAGAAUGUGAGAGACUUUCUGUAUUUUCCAUGUGUGUCCAUAUCUGUAUAUAGUUGUAUGAUACAUAUGUCUGUCCCGUCCUGUGUCGAAAUUAUAUUUUGCACUGAAUGUAGCAAA